AUCCUUGCUUCUUGAUGACGUAUGGUGUGUGAUCACAAUCGGCGUGGUUGGUCCACGUUUCCACCAAUCAUAGCUCGGCACAGUCAAUGAGGAGCGGCGGGGAGCAGGCUGCGGCAUACCAUCGCCAACCGUCGUCGACCAAACACGCCGAGAAGAUGUUGGGCUCUCUACUAGUGGUGGCUGUGGCUGUGGCAUCAUCGACUGGGAUGCAUUUUAGUUACGACGGGACGCCUUUAGCUGAUGGCGUGGUGAUAGGCGGCGCUGUGUCCCCAAGCGUUCCUGUUGUGGGAAGUAUCCCGCAGCCAGCUGCUCGGGUUGUAUCAGGGCCUGUGUCUGUGGCUUCAUCUCGGCAACAGACACUCGUUCCUGGGUUCGCUUCGUCUGCGUUUCCGCGGACUGCACCUGUAGUGUCGCCUGUCCUACCCCCGCCAGCUCCUGCGUCGCCCGUUCGUGAAGGCCCUCGUGGAUGCAGCUAUCCUCUGGGAACUGUGGUUCACGAGACUUUUAAUGGCCGCGAAUACCAUCUAUCGUGGUGUAGCCAACCCGGCCGCACCUUUAGCUUUCAACAGGCAGAAAGUUUCUGCCGCAGCAUCGGCACCGUCGGUCAUCCAACGGGUUUCCACGCAGUGAGCCUGGAGACUCAAGUUGAGGAUUCCUUUAUUACCUCCAUUAUCAGCCAUUACGAAGUGCCCUACAUCUGGACAAGUGGCUACAAGGUGGGACCCUACUCGUGGAAGUGGCAGAGUUGUGUGGCCUCUCAGUACAGCCGAUGGUCUCACACCGGAAGGUUUGGUCGCAGCCAGCCUGACAACGCUGAUAUGAAUGAAAACUGCCUGGCCAUACUCAAUAACUUUUAUGGAGACGGUAUCAUCUGGCACGAUAUAGACUGUUCGUUAGAGAAGUACGUCAUCUGCGAGCGGCCCAGUCUUCGCGCUCACUAAUGAAGGUAGCGAUGCUCUAUAGCGAUGCUCUACAACAGCACUUCACCGCUUCACGAUGUUCAACAACCGAAUUUUGACAACAUUGCAUAAAACCGCUGUGUUGUUGGAAACUGUAAUAGCGCACGAAAUUCCAAUAAAUUACCAUGUACAUGACAAA